AUGCCAUCCUCUUCACUCCGCCCGAGUUCAUCUACCAAGCAGGCAACACAUCACAGCCUGAUAGACAUGGUCAUGGGCGACGAGAAGCCAUCCUCUUUACUCCACUGGUCGCCUACUAAGCAUACACCUCACAACCCGACGGAUAUGGCGAUAGGUGGCGAGAAGACUGAAACGGAAAUCAAGCUGGAAAGAGAUGGGAACACCAAUGCUCUCCAGCGAUAUCGAUACCUGACUUGGCAUGAGGACCCAUUUGACAUGAUUGAUGCACCGCCGAGCUACGAUCAGAUUGAAAAGAAAGGCGUGAAGGGACUGCUUGACUGGGUCCAGGCCAAGGUCUGA